AUGUCGCCUGCCGAUGAAGAUUGUGCAUCGCAAGCAAUCGAUCGAGCCUACAAAUGUUUAACAACUGUUCUUAACUUCACUCACCUUGUCAAGGACGGAUCAAACUUUGUGUUAUGGAAGAAGAACACGGCUCGUGCAAUGAAGGGUUUACUACACAUCAUCGAUUUCUGGGAUAAUCCUCUACGUGUUGAAAGUCUUAUAGACCAAGACCGUGACGAUGAAGAUGGAAUGCUCGCUCAUAUAUCUCAAAUCGACUCAAUUGUAUCGGAACUUGAAUCCACUGGUUUUACAUGGACCAGCGACUCGAUUCGUGGAUUACUCUACCAACUUCACAUGCCAGCUGACAUGACUAAGGAGAUCAAUAAAGAACUCGAUGGGAAAUUUGAUGAAUCUCACCUUAAUUUCAAACUUGAUGACAUCAAAUCGGCAAUCCAAAUCCAUUUGGCAAGAGAGAAGACCGCUUCUGAAACAAUCACUAUCAACGUGUUAAGUACCAAUUUUGAAGCAAUGGCUAUGAAUCGUACCCCACCUGCUCGCCGAAAUUUCAGUCAAAAUCUCAAUACGUCUAUGAACCAAACUCCAUUCCAUUUCACUCCUAUUUGCAACAACGCAAUCAAGAAGAUUGAUCCGAUGAGAUGGAGACGUGGUCCUGCGGCUAUCACAGACAAUGAGCACAAACGUAACAAUACGGAGAAUAAACCUCUUCCUAUCCCUGGCUCUGCAGUGAAGGCGGUUAAGGAUGGAGUGCAACAGUGUUUUUUCUGCGGCAAAUUCGGUCACUCUUACCUUGAUGCCACCAAUCCUGGUACAGCAUAG